AUGGGAGAAGCAAAUUGCACCGUGGUCAGCGAGUUCAUCCUCCUGGGCCUCUCUGACGUCCCUGAGAUGAGACUCUUCCUCUCCCUGCUUUUCCUUCUCAUCUAUUCGGUCACCGUCUUGGCCAACCUGGGCAUGACGGCACUGAUUCAGGUCAGCCCCCGACUCCACACCCCCAUGUACUUCUUCCUCAGCCACCUGUCCUUCGUAGAUUUCUGCUACUCCUCAGUCAUCGUGCCAAAGAUGCUGGCCAGUGUCUUAAACAGCGACAAAACCAUCUCCUUGCUGGCAUGCAGAAUACAAUUCUUUUUGUUUUGCACCUGUGUGGUCAGUGAGGUCUUCUUACUGGCCGUGAUGGCCUAUGACCGCUUUGUGGCCAUCUGUCACCCUCUACUGUACACAGUCAUCAUGUCGCGGAGGCUUCAGGUAGAGCUGGUUUUCGUCUGCUACCUCUAUGCAUCCCUGUGUGCGCUCAUUCACCUGUGCUUAGCUGUUGAGGUCCAAUCCUACAGGUCCAAUGUGAUCAACCACUUCUUCUGCGACCUGCCCCCUCUCCUGAGUCUUGCUUGUUCUGAUGUCACCGUGAAUGAGGUGCUGCUGUUCGUUGUGGCUACGUUAAAUGAGUCCAGCACCAUCAUCAUCAUCUUCACCACCUACUCCUUCAUUCUCAUCACCAUCCUGAGGAUGCGCUCAGCAGAGGGAAGGCACAAAGCAUUUUCCACCUGCACCUCCCACCUCACGGCCAUCACUGUCUUCCAUGGAACAAUCCUCUCUAUUUACUGCCGGCCAAGCUCAGGCAGCAGUGGCGAUGCUGACAAAGUGGCCACCGUCUUCUACACUGUUGUGAUCCCCAUGCUGAAUCCUCUCAUCUAUAGCCUGAGGAACAAGGAUGUCAAAGAGGCUCUCAGGAGAGUCGUCAGCUCUAAAGUGGAGCACUAG